AAAUUUACUCCAACUGCUGAAGUAUUUGAGGUUAAUUUAUUGUUCAAAUAUAAACAUUCGAUAUUGUUGUGUUAUGAUAAAUAGACAAUGUGUACCGGCCCGUUCAAGAGGAUAUGUCACUGGGGACCGUUAACUGCCCUUGGACUUGUAAAAAUCAUCACGUUGAUGACAAUACAUUGUAGUAGACAGUGGUGGCCUCCGGAAGAAAGUAUUUAUGCCACCAUUUACUUCCUUUGCUUUUUUAUCCUCAGUGGUUCGACCCUCUAUCAUUUUAUCAGCUCGAUUUAUGAGGGACCAGGCUAUCUGCCUUACCAAUGGAAGCCGGCACAGAUAUCAGACACGCAGUAUUUACAAUCCUGCACCACCUGUCUUGGAUACAAAGCACCAAGAUCUCAUCAUUGCAGGAAAUGCAAUCGAUGUAUCAUGAAAAUGGAUCAUCACUGUCCAUGGAUAAACAACUGUGUGGGACACUUCAAUCAUGGCCACUUUACAGCAUUUUUGAUGAGCGCUGUUGGUGGCUGUUGCAUGUCAACUUUUACCCUGAUUUCAUGGUUAACUAGCGUUCUCUCAUUGAAAAUGCUGCCAUUCUCACCUCCCUCGGUGAUUAUACUAAUUCUAGUUGUCUUUACCAUCGGAUUGUCAAUCGGAGUAGUCUUGGCUGUUGGAAUGCUUCUUUAUUUCCAGCUCAGAGCGAUAUUCAGAAAUCGCACUGGGAUAGAGGAUUGGAUAAAUGAGAAGGCUGAGUACCGCAGGUAUGGAACUGGUGAGAAGUUUCGCCACCCUUAUUCCAGAGGUUGGCUUGUAGAUACCAGAGAUGUUCUAACGUGGAACUGCAUUCCAAAAGGUGAUGGUAUUACAUGGCCAGUCAUCGAGGGAUGUGACCAAUACACUUUGACUCGUGAGCAACUUGCUCAAAAGCAAGAAAAACGAAAACGUGCUCUGAGGUACAGAGUAGCUUCUGCCGCUUCUGGUUCUUGGGUACCAAUUAGCUAUGGUUGUGCAGUGUUAUGCCAUCCACCAUGUACAGACGAGCCUCGAAUAAAACUUAACAUAAAUGACACUGUCCUAGUUACAAGAUGGCGAAAGUAUUGGCUCUUUGGAGAAAAAGAAAACAAUGAAGGCGGUGAUACUCAGCCGGAACGAGUACGUGGUUGGUUCCCACGGGCAUGCGGUGUGGAAUUAAUUGGUGGUCAAUACCCACAACCGUCGAUUAAGCGGGAUUGAAAUACCAUGCUGUCAAAACUUAUUCCUAGUACAAUUAUAAUAUCUUUGUAUACGUACAAUAGCGCGUUGAUUGUUCGUGCGGGUUGGUACGAAGGAAGUUCGCACAUAUUCCAUUGUCAUUAUAUUAUUUAGUAAUCAACUUGAGCAAGUGUCACAAAAUAGUCUAUAAGGCUAUUUUUAAACUUAGUGUACGAAAACUGCGAGUGAUUUUCACCCGCAGUGAAAAAUGAACUAAUUUUUAUAGAUACGGUAUUUUUUUAUUUUCUCAUCAAACGAUUCUCUGUAAAAUAGUCCCGAUAACAUAAUCGGACCCUGCAAAAUGAAUGGAUCUGGGUGUGUGUACGGAAAAAUAUUUGUGCGAAAAAAUAAAGACGAACAAUAAUAAUUAGAUAAAGA